UUCCAUGCCCGUUCAGUUGCCAAUCCAACGCCAUGGCUGAUCCACGCAUCACUCUGGGCCUCGGCCUGCUAAUCUUUGCUCUGUUGAUCCUCCACUCCACGGAGGCAACGCCACAAGGUCGCAUUCUUGGCGGCGAGGACGUCGCCCAGGGCGAGUAUCCAUGGUCCGCAUCCGUGCGUUACAACAAGGCGCACGUCUGCUCUGGUGCCAUCAUCUCCAACAACCACAUCCUGACCGCCGCCCACUGUGUGUCCAGCGUGGGCAUCACGCCUGUGGAUGCCAGCACCUUGGCCGUCCGCGUGGGCACCAUCAAUCAGUACGCCGGCGGCAGCAUUGUGAAUGUGAAGAGCGUGCUCAUCCAGCCAUCGUAUGGCAACUUCCUGCACGACAUCGCCAUUCUGGAGCUGGCCGAGUCCUUGGUCUUUGAUACACGCAUCGCUGCCAUCGCACUGCCCACCAAAGAGGAGGAGGAGGAGGCGACGGAGGAUGUGGACGCCGAGCUGCCCAACGGCACACCCGUCUAUGUGGCCGGUUGGGGUGAACUUGCGGAUGGCACCGCCUCCUACAAACAGCAGAAGGCCAACUACAAUACGUUGAGCCGUUCGCUGUGCGAAUAUGAAGCCGGCUAUGGCUACGAGUCCGUGGUGUGCCUCUCCAGAGCCGAGGGCGAGGGCAUCUGUCGUGGUGAUGCCGGCGCGGCCGUCAUCGAUGACGACCAGGUGCUACGCGGCUUGACCAGCUUCAACUUCGGACCCUGCGGCAGCAAGUAUCCGGAUGUGGCCACCCGCGUCUCCUACUACGUCAACUGGAUCGAGGCCAACACCCAGUAAACCACCAAGGAUUACCCUCUAUUUUUUAUUCCUUUUUUUUUACGUGCAUAAAGUGUGUUUACUCCCUCUAAAAAAACAACAACAAAAAAACCUGAAAUUGUGUUUUGAAACUUGCAAACUAUAUGGAAUUUAGUGCUGGCCAUAAAGCUGCAAUCGAUUUGGCGCCGUUCAAAGUUUCUUCAGUUAGCCAGAAACCUUGGGCAGUUUUACUACUUUAUGGUUUAUUUCAUAUAUAUCAAGGAUUACCUAGCAAUUGGCCAUUAUAGUUUAUAGAGCCAUUAAUAACGGAGCAGAAAACUAAGAUAGAAAUCUUAGGAAAACCCGGUAAACGCCCACAGAAACACGAACAAACUUUUAACUUCAAUGACUGGGCGAAAUCUUUAUAAUCUCGAUUGGUUAUCGCCCAGCUAAAGAUGCCAAUCAGGGGUAAUUCCUACUAAAUACGUUGAUUACUUGCUUAGUUCGAAGGCAUUUGAAGUCAUUAGAAAUUAUAGAAUAGGAUUUGCUUAGUUCGAAGGCAUUUGAAGUCAUUAGAAAUAAUAGAAUAGGAUUUGCUUAGUUCGAAGGCAUUUGAAGUCAUUAGAAAUAAUAGAAUAGGAUUUGCUUAGUUGAAAGGCAUUUGAAGUCAUUAGAAAUAAUAGAAUAGGAUUUGCUUAGUUGAAAGGCAUUUGAAGUCAUUAGAAAUAAUAGAAUAGGAUUUGCUUAGUUGAAAGGCAUUUGAAGUCAUUAGAAAUAAUAGAAUAGGAUUUGCUUAGUUCGAAGGCAUUUGAAGUCAUUAGAAAUAAUAGAAUAGGAUUUGCUUAGUUCAAAGGCAUUUGAAGUCAUUAGAAAUUAGAGGAUAACUUAAAGCUGCCAAGUUUCGAUAAUUCUUAUUCUAUGUAGCUGCCCUGAGUCAUGACUUACUCAUCUUUGUCUGAUACACUCGUAGAUGGUGUUCCAUUCCCCCUGCCAACGCCCUCUGCAAUUUUCUAUUUAUGUGCCAAUUGAGCGGUGAAAUAAACAAGUAACAAUGGUCUAUAGCGGCAUAAAGCUGGCAAUGGCGGCGAUAAGAUUAGAUUUUCUCCGAUGCCCAAGCCGUAGAUAAGCAUUGGUCAAGGCAGGGGUAAAGUAGAAGGCGGGAGGAGUGGGUUAGAUGGAGCUAGUCACUUCAAUACUCGCCGCUGGCAUUGCGCAUUUCCAAACCAACCGCCGUGGGCAGCAGAGCCACCAAAAAAAAAAAACGCCAGAAAAUGAUGCAGUCGA